GAAGGCGCAUAUGGGUUUACUCUGGCGUGGGAACUAAUUCGGUCGAGUUAUUGUUUCAAGGGUACGCAAAUGCUGAUACUCAGAACAACUUGUAGACACAGGAAGUGCACUUCAUCAAGAGUUGUUGGCUUUGGCACGCAAAUGUGGUCCAGCCGGUUCAAUUCGCUUCAAUACGAUGUUAGUUUCCUGAUAAACUGGAGCGUCGUUGCCUCAUUUUUCCAUACGGAUCGAGAGAGCGGUUAUUGAAUGAUGUUAGUCGGCUACAGCAGCAGCUCGGAUGAGGAAAGUGAUGCAGGGGGUGUGCAGGCAGGCGUAGCUCCAGACCAUAACAAAACGUUUCCUCGAAAUUGUCUGCAGGACGGUGAUGGCAGUGAUUGUCCAACGACGAAGAAGCUCAAAAUAGAGAAAUCCUCUCCAUCGACAAGGCUUCCACUCCCUGGUUGUUUGCUAUCCAUGUUUCCAGAAGACGAGGAGCCGCAGACUGAGGACAGCUCUUUGCAUGAUGGUCGUAUCCGAUCAUUCAAACAUGAGAGAGGAAACUGGGCAACUUAUGUUUAUUUUCCAUACAAUCCUGAAGAAGAGUUUGGGGAGUUAAUGGAGGUGCUUCUGUCGACUGCAGCUGCUUUUGGAGUGGUUUUGGCCCCACAGGAGGAAUUUCAUCUCAGCCUCUCCCAGACAGUGGUCCUGAGACACCACUGGAUCCAGCCCUUCAUACAGAGCCUCAAGGCAGGCCUCACCCCCUGCAAACGAUUUGUGUCCUCAGCAUCCAGACUGAAGGUCUAUUGUAACGCUGAGAAGACAAGAACCUUCUUAGGGAUGGAGGUUGUAACUGGGCAUGCUCAGUUGUUAAAUGUUGUCCGGGUGGUGGACAGAACAUUGACGGACUUUCACUUGGACACAUUUUAUCAGGAUCCGUCAUUCCAUGUGAGCUUGGCCUGGUGUGUUGGGGACUUCACUGUGCAAUUGACACAAUGCCUUCAUGAGCUUCAGAAUUUGGUCGAUAACCAUGAAGAGGAACCAUAUCAGCUGUGGUUAGACUGUGCAGAGUUGCGCUGCUGCGCAGGAAACAAAACCUUCCGUUUCCCUUUGGAUGCUUAAAACUGGACGUACUGAAUGCUACAGUACAUUUUGGCACAUGGCGUUUCAUUAAUAUGCAGGGAGUCCGCAGUUUAUGCUCCCAAUAAGAACUUUCGAGGUUGUGAAUGAGACGCAGUUCAUUUGCACAUCACGCAGCACAAAAGGGCUCACUCAGUUACUGUUGUACUUACUUUUUUCCUUUUGAUAAUUUGAUACUGAUUGUUUAGGCAUGUUUUUCAUUCAUAUUUACUGUAAUUAUGACUUCAGGUAGUAAGUAAAGACCCCCUGUGACAGAGUAAACAAACGAACAGAAUCAUAUAUCCCUACAUAC